AUGGAUCAAACAUCAUGGCUUGAUCUCUCAGCAGAUGGCGAUAUCAUAGCAGCCUCGCCAUCGCCGCCCCCUUCUCCUCCAAGCAGCCCAGUGAAACUCACUCGAUCAAGAUCCAUCAUCGAGCGCGCCGCCAGCAGAGCCUCCGAAUAUUCCAUAUCUCCCAACACGUCAAGCAGUGACGACCAGCUCGUUGGUCGCUCCGGACUCCCGCCCUGGGACCGGACUGUGGAUAUCGUCUACCACAAGUACAAACAUGGAGAUGCCAAACCGGACAAAAGUGUCGCCUUGAAGGCAUUAACGGACAAGUUCUUCUCGUUGCACAAGAGACAACGAUUUCCUGAGCACAUUCGCCACCUUAUUCUUAAGAAACUCGUCGCGUCUCACGAGAUAUUGGGAUCCAAGCCUAUCAGCCUCAAUAGAUUCAGUUGGGAUCAAGACUGCUGGGAACCAACAGACUUCAUCCCUCUCAACGAAGUUCUCGCGACAUUCCGACCUUAUUUUAGCGUCUCCUUCGAGUUCUAUGCCACGCUCUUCGUCACAAUACUGUCAGAGUAUACUUUCCACGUCACUUUCUCUCCGUUUAUCGGCCGAAGACUCAAUCCCCUGGCCACCAUCUGGAUCAACAAAUACGGCAUUUUCAUGAAGUCUCUCAUUAUUGAGAUUGAUCUAUCCCGCUUAGGCCUUGGCCCUGCCCCCAAAGCCGGCGAUUUACUCCCUGGUAUUGAUCAUCUCCAACGCCUGCUUCUCGAUUUUAGUUUGUCCCAGCUCGAACGAGCUCCAGAAGCCCCCCUCGAGACUCUAAUUCUCGCAUGUCGCCGCUUUCAUGGCCGAAGAGAGGACAUACCUGAUCCAGCCGCAGAGACCCUGGAGAGCAAAGACUCUGUUCGAGCCAGCUCCGAAAGCCCUCAAAACCAGCACUCGUCCGCCGAAAGUUCUGGCAGAUUGUCUUCUUGUGAUAUUUCCGACAGGACCAGUCGAGUCUUCUCUCCAGCUCCGGAGGAAUUUUUUGAGCAGACUGAGCUUGACUUCGAAGAUGAUGAUGAAGAAGAAGAAGAAGAAGAAGGCGAUGAAGACGAACAUGAGGACUCGUACAUAGACUCAGACGAGGAUUACGUUGUCAACAUGUCCUACGAAAGCAGCGACUACUCAUCCGACUCCUCCUUCAGCUCAGAUUCAUCCUCAAGCCCAGACACAAGUCUAGCUCCUCCACCAUCCAUCCAAGAAGAAGACCCAUCCUACUGCCCAGACAAACACCUCUUCAUAUGCAAUCACCUUCUCCGCCUCCGCAACAGGGUCACUUCCCUCCGCAUAGCCGGUUUCAGCGACGCGUAUUCCCACGCCUUCAUCGCAACCCUAUUUCCCGAGGCUAAAUUCCUUCCCCUAGCACAGCAUUCCUACCGUGUUGCACCUUCUACCCUCUGGCCUCGUCUUCGUGGUCAGAAAUCUUGGAUUGACGCUGGUCAAGGGACGCUCAUCCUGGACGACCACGAGGUCAUACCUGAACCUUGCAUUUUCCCCGAGGGGCCUAUUCAGCUACCACCACCAAUUGUCUAUAAAUCAAGCAUCAGAUCGCUGUCAUUGUGCCCUGAGCCGAUAAAUCGCCCAAGGAACAAUACCGUCAGUUCGGGCUCGAGCUUGCCGUCUCAGAAAAGUCUGGAAAGCAACGAAGAGGCAAACACUUCGAAAAGCUCGCGAUCGAGCUAUGAGAAAUCCAAGGUGCAGAAGCUGUUAGACAAGUAUAAAGAAAAGUCACGACGAAGGCCAAGGCCAACAUCGGCCCCUUAA